UUUUGUCGGAGAAGUCGCAGCGCCGCCUCUUCUCUCGCGUCCUCGCAUCCGUCGCUGCCGCCUCUUCCUCCGCCUCCUCCUUCGCCUCUUCCUGCCUCCUCCCGGCUUCCGCCGCCGACCCAGCCGCUUCCCAACCCCGGGGCGAAGCGUCUCCUUAUUUAUUUCCGUUUUCUCGCCACUACCGCCUCCUGACACGGUGAUCCGGGCGGGCCCCGCAGGAAUUUUAUCCCCUCGCCGGCCUCACACUAGUAUCGCAUGUCCACUAUCCAGAACCUCCAAUCUUUCGACCCCUUUGCUGAUGCAACUAAGGGUGACGACUUACUCCCGGCAGGGACUGAGGAUUACAUUCAUAUAAGAAUCCAGCAACGGAACGGCAGAAAGACACUGACUACUGUUCAGGGCAUUGCAGAUGAUUAUGACAAGAAGAAACUUGUGAAAGCUUUCAAAAAGAAAUUUGCCUGUAAUGGUACUGUGAUUGAACAUCCUGAAUACGGAGAGGUUAUUCAGCUUCAAGGUGACCAAAGAAAAAACAUUUGCCAGUUUCUCUUGGAGGUUGGCAUUGUCAAGGAGGAACAGCUUAAGGUUCAUGGAUUCUAAAAUGAACCUAAAUACGUGGAGAAUUUCUUGAAUAAUUUUGUUCUCUAAACCAAGUUUGGCUGCCUUGUGAAAUGAUUCUCUGCAGUAAACGGACUUUUCAUUUAUUUAAUCAUUCAAACUUCCAUUCACAUCUGCAUGAUUACAGAAAACAUGGGGUAUGUAGGCUAGUAACACAUAAGAAAAUUGCAGUAAGAUGGUAAUGAAACCCCGUAUUCAUCUUAACAUGUUUCCAAUGGAAAAUAUUUUGUUUUGAGUGUUUAUUUGUUUAUUGUUCAGUUUAUUACUUUUCACUUGAUUAAAUUUUUUUGUCGUAUUAAACCAUGUAUGUUGCAGCUGAACAAUAAAAAAAAAUGUAUGAAUCCUUUUGUGAGCAGUUAGGCUCCCAAAUCUAAGCAAGUAAUAUACACAUAUAGUUUGUCUUUCAUAA